AUGGCAAUAGUAUUUUGGCUUUCGAUGACAAAUGGAUCCCCAAUAGUUUCAUCCUCUUUGUUCUGCCUACCAAACCCUAACUUCUUAGUGUCUGACUUGAUAGACAAGAAUACUAAUAGUUGGAAUCUUGAUCUAGUUAAUGCUUAUUACGCCCCUCAGAAUGCUGAACUCAUUCGGAGUACUAGAAUUCCUCUUUCAGGUCAUGACAGACUAAUCUGGCCAUUCACUAAGAACAGUCAAUUCUCUGUCAAAUCUGCGUAUAAAGUUUUGUCUGGUCAAAUCCAGAAUCCCCAGAAUGUAGAUCCUGUCUAUAAGUAUUUUUGGAAGCUCCAUAUGAUCCCAAAAGUUCAGAUUUAUACUUGGAAGUGCUAUGAGAAUAUUUUACCUGUGAAAUCCAUUAUUUAUAGAUACAACGACUCUCCUGAUAAGAAUUGCAAUCUGUGUGGAAAUGUGGUGCCUGAAACUGCUAAGCAUCUUAUUUUGCAUUUCCCUUUUGCUCAAGCAGUUUGGUCUUUAACUCCUUAUUAUAAUCUAGUUUCACAAGUUAGGGAUUCAACUCAGAAUUUAAGAGAAUGUGUUAGGCAAUGGUUAUAUUAUGGAACUUUUAGUGACAAAGCUGUUGCAGUUUUCUCUAUUGCUUGGAGCAUAUGGAAGGACAAAUGUUCUUUCAUUUUUCAGGGAAAAAAUUUAAACUUUUCCACCACUGCGAGAUUAGCUCUUAAGCUUGUGAAUUAUACUGAUACAUUUCUAAGAUCUGAAAUUGUGGAAACUUCGCAUGUUAUCAUUCCUAAUGUUGGAAAUGAAUUGAAUUCUAUAGUAUCUUCAUUGCCAGAAGAUUGCAUUAUUAUUUAUAGUGACGCAUCUUUUGGCAUUAACACUAAUCUCUCGGGAACGGGUUUGAUUAUAAAUGAUGCAGCAGUCAACUGUAUUGGAUGCAAGGUCACUCCAGGAGUAGCAAUGAAUGAUGAAGAGGCUGAAUGCUUGGCCCUGUUGGAAGCAAGUACUUGGGAGAAAGAAAUGAGUUAUAGUAAAGUGUAUUUCAUUAGUGAUGCUCAGUUAGUAGUAGGUUGUUUCAAUUCUAAAAAUAACCAACCGUUCUAG